AUGAAAUCAGCUAGGUAUGCCCAUGAUGCCAUCACAGACCGUCUCAAGCUUUACCUGACAACAACAUCUAUAAUAACCACGCCCAAUUUAAAAUCAUUGCGUAGACGAUACCCUCCAACACAAAAUAUACCGAAAGCAGAUAAUGACACCGGCUCCAUUAUACCAUGCACAAGACUCACAACUGACGGUAAAGGUGAUUUCUACGACGAGGCAACAGGAAGGAAAAUUCACCUCAAGGGAAUUAACGUUGACUCACAAAUGAAACUACCGGUGGAACCUUAUAUGCCUUCGUAUUUGGGUAAUUGUAGAGAUCCACAUAACAUUUUCUUUGAAGGAGAUACUGUUUCCUUUGUUGGUAGGCCAUUUCCUUUGGAAGACGCACCAAGUCAUUUUCAAAGAAUUAAAAGCUGGGGUUACAACACCAUACGGUAUCUCCUAACAUGGGAAGCAAUCGAACAUGAAGGGCCAGGAAAAUACGACCAGUCUUUUGCCGAUUAUACGGUGCAGAUGUUGCGAAUUAUUGGCGAGAUAGGCGGUCUCUAUGUAUUUCUUGAAUUCCACCAAGAUGUAUGGUCACGUUUCUCCGGAGGCAGUGGAGCUCCUAUGUGGACAUUCUACGCUGCUGGACUCGAGCCCAAGAAUUUUGCAGAAACAGAGGCAGCAAUCUUACAUAAUGAUCCCAGAUUUCACGAUGACUCGGAAAUAUAUCACAAGAUGUUGUGGACCUCCAAUUACAAAAGACUCGCGUCAUUGGUUAUGUUCACCUUGUUUUAUGGUGGCAAAAACUAUUUUCCCGAUUUGAUGAUGAAUGGUGAAAAUAUUCAAGAUUAUUUGCAAGGCAAAUAUCUUGGCUCUGUUGACUUUAUAUGGAAAAACAUUUGCGACAAUUGCGGUGACUUGAUUGAUAAUGGAACAAUAUUGGGGUUUGAAUCGAUGAAUGAACCCAAUGGUGGUUUAAUUGGCCACCCGAGGUUAGAUGUCUUGCCAGCAAAUCAACAAUUGCGUGUUGGAACAACACCAACAGUUUUUCAAACAUUUAUGUUAGGAAUGGGAUUGACUUGCGAAAUCGAUGAGUAUCAAAUAUCCAUUACUGGUCCACGCAAAUCAGGUACAAAGAUUGUCGAUCCAAAGGGAGUCAGAGCAUGGGUUUCACCAGAGAUAGGUGCCAAGCUUGAUUUGCACUAUGGGUUCAAAAGAAGCGAGAAUUGGGUACUCGGAACUUGUCCCUUUGCCGAAAUGGGAAUAUGGAAAUGGCCACCAGCAUUACUCACAACGGAUUUGUCUGAGCUUACCCAAUCUCAACGUCUUGAAAUUACUUCAAAAUCUAUACUAAUUGACCCAGAUUAUUACAAUAAAGUCUUGCCACAGCAACAUUAUGAAGAGAAAUCACACCAGGGGAAAAUAUUUGCCAAAAUCGACUCGGAAGUAUUUAUCAAUUAUCAUUUUGUCAAUCACAUUAUAAAAUUUAAACAAGUUAUUCGGAAACACGCACCAGAUGUAUUUGUUCUCAUUCUGACGCCGGUUUUGGAACAACCCCCAGACCUCGCUCACGAUGAUCGCAAAAUUGUCGAUAAAAAGACUGUAUAUUGUCCCCAUUAUUACGAUGGAAUGUCACUUAUGUUCAAGAGCUGGAACUCAAAGUACAAUGUUGACACUUUGGGCAUUAUGCGGGGUUGUUACUUGAACCCGGUAUUGGGUAUUGUGUUUGGUGAACGUGCUAUCCGUAAUUGUAUCCGUAAACAAUUUGCCGAAAUGAGACGAGAAUGCAACACAUACCUCGGCCCCAUCCCCAUUGUCAUGUCCGAGACGGGAAUGCCAUUCGAUAUGGAUGAAAAGAGAUCAUAUCGUAAUGGUAAACACAUUUCCCAGACUGCUGCAUUGGAUGCAUUGUGUAAUGCAUUAGAAGGUGCACAUAAUUUGUCGCAUACUUUUUGGUGUUAUAACAGUAUGAACAACCACAAAUGGGGAGAUAAUUGGAAUAAUGAGGAUUUCUCAUUUUGGUCGCCCGAAGACCGUAAUUUGGAGUUUGAUGAUUAUUAUGAAGAAGAAAAAGUGGACACUGAUCCAAUAGAGAAUGUUACUCAACGAGCAAGAAAAUCAAGUAGAACCAAGAGGUUAAAGAAAAAAGCUCGAAAUGCAACCAAGAUGGGAAGAACUUCAUCUAGACACAGUUCGGUCUCAACAACAAACUCGGACUCGCCAUCAUUUUAUGAAGAAUCAGACACAGAGACUAGCAACAGCACUUUGACUUCCACUGCAAUGGGUCUGAGUUCGUCGCAAGCAUCUUCAAUAAUAUCACUAACUUCGUCCAAUAUCAAGCACCGCCAGUUGAAGAACUGUUAUCCCUCUCCAGAUGGUGUUCGUGCCGUGAAUGCCGUGAUCCGCCCGUACUUGAUGGCAAGUCGUGGAACCAUUGUUGAGUCUGAAUUUGAUUUCAAAUCCAGGAAAUUCUCUUUGCAAUUAUCUGUCAUGAAGGGUGCAGCAGAGAAUAGGUUCAUACCCUCGGUUAUAUUUGUUCCCAAAUGGCAUUUCCCCUUUUUGGAUUAUGGUGACAUCUAUUUGACGUCGGGUUAUAUCAAGUAUAACGAAGAGUUGGAGUAUUUGGAAUGGUAUCAUGCUCCUGACCCUAGCAUCGUGCAAGAAGAAGAACAGGAAGAAGAACAAGAGGCGACGGCAACAAUGAAAAGACAAGGUUCUCCAAUCUUUACAACGGAAACAAUUGUGAUUAAAAAUAAUAGCGGAUCUUUAGAUGAGGUGAAAUUAACGGGAGGAAAAAGCGAGCUGGGGUGUCCGAUUACUUAA